AUGUUAACACAAGAACAAAUUGACCGGUAUGAACAAGAUGGUUUCCUUGUCCUGCAACAACUGCUGACACUUGAUGAAUGUCGAAAGUUGAAAAUAGCAGUCGGUCAAUUGAUCGAUAAUUGGGAACCAGAUCCAGUAUAUUCGUGGAUAUUUCUAAAUGAUAAAGAUAAACAACAAGCCAGAGCACAACGAAUGGUCGCUCUUAAAGAUGAGCUUUCAUUUGGUAUCGAAGAAGAGGCCAUUGAUCCUCAAACAGGUAAACUCAAUCGCGACAAACAUCUGAGCUUGAACAGAAUUGGCCUUACUCUUCAUAACUUCCAUCCCGAAUUCAAUGCAGUGACAUUUUCAGAUAAAAUCAAGGCUAUUGUACACGAUCUCAAAUUUAUAAAACCUGCCAUACGUCAAACGAUGUACAUCUUUAAACAGCCAUUUAUUGGAGCGAAAGUGGCAUCCCAUCGAGAUUCAACAUACGUGUACAAUGAACCACUCAAAAUAGUGGGCAUCUGGAUUGCUCUUGAAGAUGCUACUAUCAAUAAUGGUUGUCUUUGGUUUAUACCCGGUUCAAAUUUGAAACCGACUCAACGACGUUAUAUUCGAAAUCCCAAUCAACAAGAAUUUAACGAAGGAAAAGUGCUCAUUUUCACAGAAGAAGAACAAUAUGAUGAUAGUGCCUUUGUUCCUGUAGAAAUCAAAGCCGGUAGAAUAGUCGAAUAA